AUGUUGUUUUUGAACAAUUUCCUUGAUUGUGAUAGUGCUAUAUCCACAGAAGAAUCAGAGAAUUGGAAUAAAUUCCAUUUAUGCACUAAUUUUCUUCUCUUCAUUUCUGUGUUUUUUGGGCUUUUUCCAAUACAUGGUUUGAGAGAACGUAACAUAAGGCGACUAGAAUUUCGAUGGAAAUCACCUAUGGUUCUUCACUCCAUAUUUCUGAUGAUGUCAGGUUUGAUUGUUAGUUUGGGAAGUAUUCCCUGGAUAUUGACGAAAAUAUCAAUGCAAGGCAUAAGCAAUUUCGUGUUUUUCUUCCGAGGGUUCCUGACAGGACUAAUAUUCUUCAAGUUAGCCCAGAAGUGGCCAGCUUUCUUGCGGAAGAUAGAAGGCGUAGAAUUUAUUCUGAGACAAUAUCCUCCUAGUAAGAAUAUAAGAAAACAAUUAAAGAUUCUCAAUACUGUCGUACUUUUACACGCUACUGUGGAACAUUGUCUGGUGCAGUUGAAUCUGUUCGUCACAUCGGUAUUGGAACAAGAUGGGGAUAUUUUGUUGGGAUUCAAACGUUUCUUCGUGCACUAUUCUUAUGGAUAUAUGUUCAAUCUGAUGCCUUACACAUUGAUGGGCGGCUUUUGGAUUCAAUACACAAAUGUCAACCUUACAUUCAGCUGGACAUUUUUGGACAUGUUCAUUUGUUCAACAAGCAUAAUCACUGCCUCGAAAAUCUAUCAAAUCAACUGUAAAGUAAAACAGCUUUUGUCCAAGGAGAUUACCAUGGAGAGCGAUUGGAGAAUUGUUAGAGAAGAUUUCAGUCAAGUAUUUCUGAUAUUUAAGGAGUACAAUAAGAUAUUCAAUCCGCUUCUAGUCCUUUCUUUCACUGUUAACGUAUAUUUUCUUCUUGUUCAGCUGUUUGGUGCGAUGAAGUAUCCUUUUACCCCUACUAGUUUUAUGUACUACGUAAUUUCUUUCGGCCUUCUUGUUAUAAGAUUAGUGUCUGUUUGCAUGGGGGGUGCUAAAAUUAAUGAGGAAAGUAGGAAAUUAACGAUACUUCUGGCUACAGCACCUUCAUUUAUUUACAAUGAUGAGAUAAAAAGGUUUUUAGUGCAUUUGAAACUCUGCCCCACGAUACUUUCUGUCGAUAAUUACUUCCAAGCUUCUAAAAGAACGAUGCUGAAAAUUUUCGGAGCCCUUGUAGCAUACGAAGUAAUCUUAAUUCAAUUCGACAAGGAACUCAUCACAUAUGCAGUAGAGCAUUUUUUGGAAGACAUCCACAAGAUCUCUUUGAUAAAAACAUGUGGUUUAAACUUUUCUAAGUCAGUAGAGAUGUUCUUGAAGCAUUUUAUUAUACCAGAUGUUUUCACGAUAAUUAGUUACACAUUCGUAUGGGGAAUUAUCCUGGAAAUUAUGUCAUUGCUGCUGACUUUUUCAUGGACAUUCAUAGAUAUUUUCAUCAUUUUAAUAAGUUGGUGCCUCGCAGAGAGGUUCUUCCAAAUCACUAGAAGAGUUAGGUUUUUGGUGAGAACUAGGGUCUCUGACGAGAAACAGUGGGAAAAGAUAAGAAAUGACUACAUUAGAUUAUGUCAGCUUUGUCGGCUAUUAGAUGAGGAGUUGUCUUUCAUAAUUUUGCAGUCCUUCGCUUCGAAUAUGUUCUUCAUACUGACGCAGCUCUUCAAUAGUUUUCAGUUCAAAGCUUAUUCAAUGGAAAAAAUUUACUUCUGUUUCUCGUUCUUCACUCUGAUUCUUCGCAUGUUCUUCGUCUGCGUUGUGGCAGGAAUGGUAAACGGGGAAAGUUCAAAACCUUUGAUUUUUCUGAGUGAAGCACCAACUACUAUUUAUAACAAACAAAUUCAAAGAUUUGCUGAGUAUAUACAUUGGAACAAUAUUUCUCUAACAGGAAGACGGUAUUUCAUUAUCACGAAAGGUCUUCUUUUAAAUAUAACAGGUGCUAUUAUAACAUAUGAAUUGGUUCUACUACAAUUUGAAGGACAUACUAUAAUACCAAAUGAAGUAAAUGAAACAUCAAAAUUUUUCAACUGUGACAACUUACUAGAUAAUUAAAAAUGUAACUUCAGUGAAAAACAGGUGUUGUUCUACGUAUUUUACCAUUUGGUACUGUCUUGGUUAUCUGUCAAAAAGCUUUAUAGAUGAUAAAUUUCUUGAAACUGUGUUGAAAAUAA